AUGAGCAAUACUUCAAAUGCGACUAUUGCACCUACAAUUAACUCUAACGAGUUGAUAAACGAGUCUAUAAGACAAAUCAACACGGCUAAAAUUGCCUUGAUAUCCCUUGCUUUGAUAUUGUCUGCUACUGGUGUUUUCAUCAUUACCUUCACCAUAAUCAAAAUCAAGCGAUUACUGAAUUUUACCAACGUAUUGGUAUUAAAUUUGUGCUGGUCAUCACUGUUAUUAGCCAUCACUGGCCUAGUAAAUGCUCUCAGUGACAUUAAUGCCGGCUUUCAAACAUGGCAAUUUGGAGAUUUUGCUUGCCGAUUUAUUAAGUCAAUGUUUUUUAUGGUAUCGGUCGUAAUUGCUUAUACCUUAGUAGCUGUAUCAUAUGCUAGAUUUCGGAUUAUAUGUCAACCUUUCCGUCCACCACCGGAACGCCAUUACGCUUAUUUCGUAAUAGCGGCAGUUUGGAUCGUAGGUGUUGCUUGUGGCAUACCCUAUUUUCUUUCCUUACAUGUUAUUCAAUUACGUGGAAGCCCAUUCUGUAGUUUUAAUACGGUCCCUCCUGCUCUAAACCUAGAUCAACGGAAAGGCUACUUGAUUGGACUUACCAUAGUUAUCUUCGCAAUACCGUUCCUCCUCCAAGCAGCUCUUAAUAUUUCCAUCGCUACCGCUAUGAGCACCGGCAAACCCAAAAUAUUUAUCGACCCUAAAGAUGAUAAAAUAGCCGGUGUCAAGCGACAACUUACCCUGAUGUCAAUAGCUCUGGUGAUUAUUUUCUUUGUAACAUGGCUGCCUUACUAUAUAUUGAUUUUAUUGCAAACAUUUGGUCAUAUAUCUCUUCUCCAAUUUCAAGGGGACGUAGUUUUGUACUAUCAAAAUGUUCGAAUCUUUCUUCUAAUAAGAGAUUUGCUCUCUGGGCUAAUUUAUUGCUCGUCUAUAUUUAAUGUUGGAAUCUUGUAUAUAUUCAAUCCUCACUUUAAAGCUGCAUUAAAACGCGCCUUAUACUGUUCAACACCACAUAGACGCGCCCGUGUCGAAUCAGAGGUUACCAUUACAGAACGCUCUAUGUCAGUAGUUAGUUCGAUGAUGGCUGGUAAAAUUGAUAUGAAAUAUUAA